AUGCGACAGGACGAGUCGGUUGCGAGCGAGGGCAGCUCCUUCACGCGGGAGCUGGGACGACUUCAUCGAGCGUUGGCCAUGUCGACUAAAAGGAGCUUGGUUCUGCUCGAUGAAGUUGGCAGGGAGUGUCGAAGCGAUGGAGCGAUCGAGCGCCAUCUUCCAGCCACGCUCCCCAUCCAACGUGCACACAUGCAGACGCUCCUCCUGCCCACCCUCGCCUCGACCUACAGCUCGCUCACGUACCUCUACCGCCUCCGUCCCGGUUUCGCCGAGACCUCGCAUGCGUGUCACUGCGCGCGACUCUGCGGUGUACCCGAGUCCGUGGUGGAGCGUGCCGAUCGGAUCUGUUGCGUUGGACUGAGGGAGUGGAACGACGCGGAGGCGGUGAGGGAUGAGGAGGUGGUGAGGAGGUUGAUGCAGUUGCAGCUGGGGAACGGUGAGGAAGAGGAGAGGGACAUGGAUGAAGCGGAGGCUGAGAGGAUGCUUCGCUGGGUGCUGGAUGGUGAUCCCGAGGCCGUUUCUCGAGCAGGGAUGCAGGUCGAUGAAUGA